GCAGGGAGCACGUCUUCAUAUAGAUGUACAAAUUACAGAUCUCAGGAACACGAGGGUUCCGUUGGCGAUGAUUACCGCAAACAACGCGCGUUAAACAUUCAAUUUAUGGAAUAAAUACCUCGAUGCUCAAGCAAGAGAAGAGAUAGCUUUGUUUUUCUCUAUUCUGCGUUACUACAUCUAUGCAGAGGGGAGCGGGUGCAGACCCCUCCUCCCUCCCUCACUCAGCUGGUCGGUUGGCGGAGGCAAUGUCAAACUGAACAAAAACAUUUGGGGACGACUACCUCAUCUUUGGACCUUUGCCGCCAAAUCCUGAAUAUGGACUCUAGGAGCAGAUAGUGGGACGUUGACUCGACAGGGGACCCUGGUUUCUAUGGCUAAGCAGCAGCUCGUGUGCUCUGCGGAGUAGAGCGUCUCGCUCGCUGUGCUGUGGCUGAUAGUUAAGGGGCUAUGCUAGUAUGCUAAUCUCAGGUUAGCCCUCUGAGCGUUGGGGAUAAACAGUGGACGUCUCGAGUCAUUUCAGCUUCAACUUGGCUUUCUUUGGCUUUGAAUUCAAAAUGAAGAUCGCCCACAUUUUGUUGAAGAACACUUUUAACAUACCGAAACAAGUGGACAGGUUUUCCAAGUUUUCUCCGUCGCCGCUUUCAAUGAAGCAGUUUAUAGAUUUUGGUUCUGCCAAUGCCUGUGAGAAGACCUCCUUUAUGUUUCUCCGUCAGGAGCUUCCCGUCAGAUUGGCCAACAUCAUGAAAGAGAUAGACUUCCUCCCUGACAAGCUCAUCAGCACCCCAUCCGUGCAGCUGCUGCACAGCUGGUAUGCACAGAGUCUGAUGGAGAUUGUGGACUUUCUGGAAAAAGAUCCUGAUGAUAAAAAGGUUUUGAACAUGUUCACAGAGACUCUGAUUAAUGUGAGGAACAGGCACAAUAAUGUGGUACCCACAAUGGCUCAGGGGGUGGUGGAGUACAAGGAGACCUUUGGCGUGGAUCCAGUAACGAACCAGAACGUGCAGUACUUCCUGGACCGGUUCUACACAAGCCGCAUCUCAACCCGCAUGCUCAUCAACCAGCAUACACUGAUCUUCAGUGGCAGCACUAACCCAGUCCACCCAAAACAUAUUGGCAGUAUCGACCCAAACUGUGAUGCAGUCGAGGUGGUAAGAGAUGCUUAUGAGAGUUCCAAGAUGCUGUGUGAUCAGUAUUACCUGACCUCGCCAGAAGUGGAGAUCAAACAAGUGAACUCUGUGGAACCCAAUGAACCUAUUAAUAUUGUGUAUGUGCCUUCUCAUCUUUAUCACAUGCUCUUUGAGCUCUUUAAGAAUGCGAUGAGAGCGACUGUAGAAACCCAUGAGAACAGCACUCAUCUUCCACCAAUCAAAGUACGAGUUUCAUUGGGAAGUGAAGACCUGACCAUAAGGAUGUCAGACAGAGGAGGUGGUGUCCCGUUGAGGAAAAUUGAACGUCUGUUUAGUUAUAUGUAUUCCACAGCACCAAGUCCAGUGAAUGACAAUGCUCGUAAUGCUCCCCUGGCUGGCUUUGGUUACGGGCUUCCCAUUUCUCGCCUUUAUGCCAAGUACUUUCAAGGGGACCUCCAGCUCUAUUCCAUGGAGGGAUAUGGAACAUCAGCUGUCAUUUAUUUGAAGGCCUUAUCCACUGAAUCUGUGGAGAGACUGCCAGUUUUCAACAGGUCAGCUUUGAGGCAUUACCAAACGAGCACAGAGGCAGACGACUGGUGCAUCCCAAGCAGUGAACCCAAGAAACUGGGAAAGUAUGAUUAUAACAUGCAAGAGGAGAGAACUGAGGGGAAGCUGAACUGAUGGGAUAAACCAGGAUGAUGUAUUUCCUCAUUGGAACCAUUGCAUUUACUGCUGUUCAUGCAUUUUCACCUAAUCCCAAUUUGCUGGCUUCCUGAUACAGUGUGAAAAAGGGCAUUUGUAAUUUCAGUGUGUCAAACACUGCUUUGUCACAUUCUUUGCAAAAUUGUAGUAAGCUCAUUACUGUCUUUGUGAGAAUCAGCUACAUUAGUUCAGUGUUCUGAACAAAAUGAAAUCUUACCAGCAGAGGUUUUCUUCCCAUAUGUGAAUGUGUUCAUAUGUCAUUAGUCAAAAGAAUGACAAAUCAGCUAUAGCAUUUGAAUUGCCAACUCAAUUUAAGUGCUCCUUAUUUGGGGGAGGGCAAACUUUGUAUAUAUGUCUUUAAAAACACCCAGUGUGCAAGCUAAACUAAAAUAAUAAACAACCGAAGUUAUGCCAAGUAGUAAACAAUAGAUGUAAUGCAACAUACUGCAUUACAGACUGUAAGGAGUAAUGACUGUGCAUGCCACUCAUUGAAAAUACUUUAGGAAUAGCAGUGCGCAUACUUUUAUAAUGUAUUGUAUGGUUCCUUUAUCGAGAAUUUGAACGUAGUACGUAGUUUUAAAAUGUACUGUUCAGCACUCCAUCUUGCCAUGUUUUUAGAAACUGUAAAUGUGGGCAACUCAACCUGUUUAUGUACAGUGUCAGUGUCAUUCAAGAAGGCUGUAUGACUGUGUACACGAUCUACAAACAGAACAACAAGCCAGAGUAACACCUAGUGAGACUGAUGUUGAACUGCUUGAUUGACGCAUGAAUAUGCGUUUGUUUUGAGCAGCAGACUGACAAAAGAGCUACCUUGCUAGCGUCUGUCUGCUUGGUAUAACCAAGUCACGAUGUAAACAAAUCAGCAGUGUUAAAUAUGUGACCAGUUUUGCUUAAAUAUGUCAGCAUAAAUGAAACAGUUGUUUUUUAGAAAGAACAUUAAUGUAAACAGUUUUUGUCAUUGUUUGCACCAGAAAUGUCCAAGAACAACAGGGCACAACAGUUUGGACACAACAGUGUGAUUGUGUCAAAAUUUGAAUGACAAAAAAGAUCACAAAAUCCUGUAAACAUACCAUUCAGAGUGUUCUAUGAACAGUUAUUGAAUGACGGCUGCAAUAUCAUCUUUUAUUACCAGCACUUCACCAACAAUAUAAGCCUGUAAUUUGACUUUUACACUUAUUUACCAGGAAUUAACAAUGACAAAAGGACAAAAUUGUUUUUGAUUUUUAACUUUAAAAGAUUUUUUUUUUACUUGUGAAUUUUAAAGCGAUAACACUGAAGUGCCAACGUUGUAUUGUUUAGACAUGCAUUUUAAGGGUAAAUAACAUUUGUUGUUUAAAUUGCAUGAUCUCAGGAUAAAGAAGGUAUGCCAUAUUUUUCUUUCUUUGAAUCCCAAGUGUGCUGUGCAUGUUUAUCCUAAAACACUUGGGAGGUUUUCCAGAGAAUGAUGUUGAAAGGACUGUGACACUAGUAAUUUCAAUGGAUCUUCUGUGGCUGCUGUUACAUGCAGCAUUCAUCAAAUGCUGCUACCAGUUUCUAAUGAGAGUGGGAAGCAGCCUCCCUUUGCCUUGUAUCCAUGUGCCACUGCCAAGCUAACGUGCUCUUGCUGAAGUCCUGUUGUAUUUGUUUUUGCACAGAAAUCAAAGAGUACUUUCAAUUAAUGUUGAAUUGAUCUUGCACACUACACCGUGUGAUAACCUGGGACUAUUAGUUGUAGUGAUCAACCACUCAUACCUCACUAGCUCUAUUUUGUAGUCAUGAGAACAUGACACCUGGCUGCACAAGGCAGGAACCGUGGCUUGUGCUCUCAGAGCACGUAGACUAGAGGAUAACUUCCUGUUUUGUGCACCAUUCAACCUCAUUAUGCACAAGCAGUGCUUUCUGACUUCUUUGAAGUGAGCGAGCCUGUUUCCACUGCAAGUGAUUGUGUCUCUAUUAAAGUGUAUGAAUGAAGUGAA